AUGGAGAAUCACAAAGAGUUUGGGAGAGUUGUGCUGGUGCAGAUCAGUGUUCUGUCGGGAAAUCAGUUGAGGGGCAGUAGGACUGAUUCGUGUCUCAGUUUUGUUCGGGUGGAGUUUAAUGGUUGUGUGCUGGGAGACUCACAAAAACUGGACGUUCCUGUGGACAAAGAUGUGGUUUACAACUUCACCUGUAGUUUUGAGUGCUCAGAAGUGGCACAUACACUGGAUGAUGUGGCUCAUAAACCUGUCAUACUAACGGUGUUCGAGAUCUUACCAAAAGAGAAAAAACAAAAAGAGGAGAAAACCACUGUACUAGGACAAGCCGUCGUGGAUCUACUGCCACUGCUGCGAGGUCAGUGUAGCUUCUCAUCCACCGUGCUUCUUCACGCGGUGCCCGGAUCACCGGCAGACGUUGCUGUACAUGAGGAUGGCGUAAAAUCCACACUCAAUGUGACGGUGCAUGUUCCCGAGCCGUUGCUCUCUGAUGCCCAGCGCUCUGACUCUAAUGUGCUGAUGGUCACUGUGGAGACGGCGUAUUCUGUUCCCGACAUCUGGAAUCCUGCCUCCACACCUCCAUCCCACUAUAUAGCUGCCCUGCAGAUGCCCGUCUCAGCUACGAAAGAGCAAGUCUUGUUAUUCUCCAAUGGCGUCUUGAAAAUGGGUGGUGAGAAGGAGCCAGUGCCAAGACCCAAAAAAUGGCCCUUGGGGUCUCUUCUCGCACCAGGGGCCGAGGUCAUUCAGGGCCUUUAUAUUGAUGCAGAACCCACAGACACGGAUCACGGAGACCUUACUGACAUAGAGGACAAGGAUUUCAGAGCAGAUGCUGAGUGUAACCAGAAAAGAGUGAGCUGGGAUACGGCACAUCGUUGCUUUAUUGAUGCGGGAGGUGUGGCCUGUCUUUCACGCAGGAUUGCAGAAUGUAGAUUGUGGCCUGUUGAGAUCAUGAAGGCCAUACAGACAGCACCAACCAAAGGUGGGAAGACAAGACAGGGGGAGGAUGAGGUACAGAUCUCAUUCCACGGAGUGGUUUACAUGGAUCUGGUGCCGUUGUUGUACCCUGGAGUGCAGCGUAUACACGGGGUGUACCGAAUCUACCCCUUUUAUGAGUCUGAUCUGCUGAAUAAGACUCAGAGGACCUACAGUGUUUUGAAGGAGUUGAGCAGAACACCGGCAGCACUGAGCCGAAAUCGAGCCAAUUCCUCCGUCAACUCCUUAAAGGCUUUUCAGAGUAAAACCAUGGAGAACCAAAGAGGAAACAACGAUGUUUCCAAAAAGCCGGAUUCCCAGGGAAAAUGCGCUCAGACUGACAGCGUGUCUGGACUGGAGCCUCAGGUGAACACUGAGGGACAGAUGUACGCCGAUUCAAGAUCGUACAUUAUUAUUGAAAUUGCUGUGGAAAAGCCACUGGCUCCAAAGAGACCGCCGGAGGAGCUGGCCAAACGGGUGAUGGAGCUGGUUCCUCCCAGACCUCCACUGCCUCGACGGCCAGCAGGAGCAGAAAGAGCAGUACAGGAAUACCAGUCUCAGAUAGCGAGUGUGGCCGCUCAGGUGUUGGAUCAGUACCAGCAGCUGUUCGGGGCAGCGUUUCUGCCGGGUGGGAAACCUCUGGACCCAGUCCUGCUGGAACAGCGUAAAAACCAGCUUCUCGGAGAGCUCAACUACUCUGGGAAAUACUUUGCCUUCAAGGAACAGAUGAAGUACUCUGUGGUGCGGAUCGUAAGAGAGAAGAUGUUGAGGACAGAGGCUUUCUCAGACCCUGAACAGCUGCAAGCGUUCCUGAGUCAGUUAUACGUGUUCCUGGUGGACGAGAUGCAUGCUGCUCUUAAUAAGACUCUGUCAGUGGACUCUCAGGACGCUCAUCAGGAGCCUGUCCUGAGCUGUGCUCAACUCAAACACUUCGCCAGAGAGGCCGAACUCAACACAGACUACCAGCUGGCAGCACAGUACUAUCAGGAGUGUUUGAUUCAAGAGCGCAGCAAGCCGUCGCACUGGUGUGAUUAUGGAGCGUUUCACAUGCUGACCGCUGACCACCUGAAGGCAGAGGAGUGCUUUCAACAGGCCUUAUCCAUCCAGCAAACACACAUACCGAGUUUGCUCAUGUGCGGCGUGCUGUCAGAGAUGAACGGACGCUAUGAGGACGCCGAGACCUUCUUUGAAAGGGCGACUUGUGUGGAGCCCAACAAUGUGGUCGCCUGGGCUUUGUUUGGUAUAUUCUGCCAGACUCAGGAGAAGUGCAUAGAGGCAGAAAUGGCUUUUCGGGAAGCCAAUAAGCAGCUUAAUGCAGUCCUGCUGAAUGAAUCAGCAUCUAGAGCAGAAAUAACCUCAGAGACUCAGUCUGGUCAGAAGAAGGACCAGAAAGAUGAAAGCAGUGAGACUCCAGCUGGAAACACAGAGGAGACAGGUGGCAAUACAGAUGAAGCCGAUGCUGUGCAUGAAGAAGACCAGCCACAGAAUGACCAGGAGAGCAAACAGGAAGUACAACAGCAAAUUCCCCCAACCAGCGUCCAGACCACUAUCUACAUGGAGACAGUGUGGUUUCUCCUGCAGAACUACGCAUUACAGACCGGCAGAAAACUAGAGGCAGAGCAGUCAUAUAAAUAUGCCCUAAAGAUGAAUUUGCAAGAGGAGUCACUUCUAGAGGAGAUUCACGAGCUGCAGUCACGUGUUGGGUUUGGGAACCCUUCCUUCUGAUCUGUCUUAUCCACAUAAAUGUCAUUUUCAACUAU